AUGGAGCCAUUACCUCCUUCCACAACAAAUAUGAAUGAAACAAGCAGCAUGGCUCCGCCGACAACCACCACCGCCAAACCACCCACUAUGCGCGCCCGUCAGCGCCCGGUGUCGCAGCACGGCACACCUCCGCCACCACGCACAACUGGCGCAAAGCCGACCAGGAAAGUAUUCAACUGUAUUGUCGACGACUCGGCGCUGGUGGCAGGCGUCAAGAAGAGCACGAAAAACGGGAUCCGACAGUGGGUGAGGAACGGGCAGAUACGUCUUUUCGUGCCCCUGCAUGCAUUGGACGAGCUCAGCCGCCAGAGGGGUGGAAGGCAUAAGCACGCCGAAGAUGUCCGCGAGACACUGCAGUGGCUGGACGACGCUACGAGUAAGUAUCCGAAUGUCGUUACCCUGCAGGGAGCCGACGAGACAUACGAGAAAUGGGCCGAGGUUGAGAAGCAUGCCGUUCCACGUGGACUCUUCUCCGAGUAUGACCAUGAUCUGGAGAAUGAGGUCGAGUCAACCGAGCUGUCGGAGGAUGUGACCAGCAAGCUGGACAUCUCUAAUGCGGAUGUGAAGGCUUCUGUCAGUUCGCAGGGAUCUGCAGCCAGUGGCUCGCUGUCGCCCUCCUCCUUGGAGAGCGUUCGAUCGAGCAUUAGUGCGCUAUCGCCACCCACAAGUCCUGCGAAAGCUAGCAUAUCGCCAAUCCGGAACCUUUCAGCUAUCACCGCCGCGAACAGUCGUGCCCAGUCGUCGAGUGCUAGCGUUCCCCAAACCCUGCAGCCACUCUUCAACUACAUCCUCUGGAGGAUUCACCAAGAGAACGACCCAGUCGCUGCGCUGGAGUCUUUCAUCUUUCUAUGCAACGACGAACGCAAGGUCAGUUUUGCAAAGGGCUUCGACAUUAAGUUCAAGAGACUCGAACAGCUGCGAGAGGCCAUCGGUAGGGAAGAUCGUGACUUUAGGAAUCGACAAGCACUGGUGAAUCGGGAGAACGAGAAGCUGGGUACAUCUAUCGCUGGAGGCGAGACUGAAGCCAAGGACAACGUUGAGUCUGCAACUCCGCAAUCGCCACCGACAGCACCAGCUGCCAUGUUACAAACACAGCAGACCAAAGUCAUCGAUCCGAACGCCUUCGAUCGAGGAGUGGGCGCCAAGUCGGUCGCAACUGUCCAGCAGCCUGUGAUGCCGCCGAAGUCACCACGAAUGACUAAUGCCAACCGUGGAUCACCACGUGGUGCACAUGCGCUACCCUUUGCUCCUCGUGGCAACAUGCGUGGCAAGAUGCGCGGGAAUUUCCGUGGUGGCCCAAGAGGUCGUGGCAACUUCGGACCCGGACGUGGAGGCUUUGCCGGCCACGCUAUCACACCAGAGGCUACGCAAGACGGCCAGAUCGACCCGGACAGCUUUACCAGACCAGAUCCUCGCAGUGGUAUGAACGGAGCCCGAGGCGGUAGGAAGCUAUGGGUACCAACGUGA